CGAAUGGUCUUAUUGCGCCGUCGACCUCUGAGACGAGCGUACCUUGUUUUCUUCAACGCCGCCAGUUGUUCCUUUCACCAAUCAAAAGCUUAUAUUGCUUGCAUGUGCCAGUUUAAGUUAUUUCAAGUCAAAGCUUGAAUCAUCCUCGUUUCAUUCGGUACUUUUUCUUUAUCGUCCCAGUUGGCCAUUUGCUAGCGUUUCAACGCUCCUUCAGUGGUUCACUCGACUUAAGAAGAAAAACGAAAAAACAAAACAAAACAAAACAAAAAGGACACCGAAACGAAAACGAACAAAUAGUGUUAACUGAUUUAAUGACGAUGGUCUCCUGUUCGAGUAUUUCACGUUAAUCGUUACCUACUAUUACCGGAACUGCCGUCCAUCAAACUGAUUUGUGAACGGGCCGUUCGUGUCAAAUUUUGCGGGCAAAGCAGCGCUUAACGUCUGCUCAUCGCAGGAGAGCACGGCUAUCACACUGGACGCGCUUCACCCGCCCAUCACGAGCCGCAAUAUGGUGACUGAGAGUCAUUCACAUCAGCAUUCUCAGCAGAUCCAGCACCAGCACGCACAGCGCAACGGGCGCUAUUUGCAGCAAACGUCAUCCCACCAUCAAGACGCUCACGAGGAACGCGCUAUGGUGAUUCAACAGCAUUCGGCUUCCAUUCCCAUGUCUGGCGAGCCGCAACGCAACGGUUCGUCUGCAAACUCCCAGCAGCACGCCAAUAGCGUUUCGCACCUCAACGCCGCCAUGGAGGAAAGAGCGGUGGCUCUUCAAGCCGCAGCCGCCGUUGCCGCCGCCGUCAACGGGUUUAAUUCCGCCAAUUUGUCAGUCGGUAUGGAUUUGUCCGGUCUCGUUCCAGUAGGUCUCAUGAAUCACUUGCAGCACAACAAUGAGCAGCAGCAACAUAACUCGCCAAACAAUAACAACAACAAUAACAACAGCAACCAGCAGAGGAAGCAGCGUGAGUUCAUUCCGGACAACAAGAAAGACGACAGCUACUGGGACCGGCGCCGGCGCAACAACGAGGCGGCCAAAAGGUCUCGCGAGAAACGCCGACUCAACGACAUGGUCUUGGAAAGCCGCGUUCUCGAGUUGACCAAAGAGAACCACAUUCUUCGGGCCCAGUUGGCCGCCGUUCGUGACAAAUACGGCAUCAAUCCGGACGGUCUCGUCUCGAUCGAUCAGGUGCUGGCCACUUUGCCGUCGCCCGAUCAGGUGCUCAGUCUGCCGCGACCCCGUUCCCGCCUGCUGUCCGGCAUGAGUCCGUCUUUGGGCCGCGGUGGCGGAUCGGUCUCGCCGUCGCCAAGCAAUCGUAGCAUCUCACCGCCCAUGUCACAGCAGUCACAAAUGCAUUCACACCAGCCACAUCACCAACCGAAUCAACAUCAGCAACAGAGGCAGUCCGUUCUGAUGUCAAUGAACCGGGCGCACAGGUCUCCUAGUCCGGCAGCGGUAGGAUCAGGGCAGGGUUCGGGAUCGGCAUCUAUGCAGCAGCAGCACUCGUACGCCAGCGGCCAUCACCAUCAGCAGCAUCACCAGCACGGCUUUCGUUAUCAACCUGCCGGAGAAUUGGCCGGAACGGGCGGAAAUCACGCGUAUCAGCACCAGCAACAGCAUCAACAUGCACAGCAUUCUCAACCAAUUAAAACUCAGCAAAGAGUAUUGGAGAGGUCUCUGCCGCCUCUUCCAGCACUGACUCCUGUACCAGUCAUUUCUCCCAAUCACCAGCUGGAGAUUGGAGGGUCAUCAGUGGAAGGAGCUCACCAGCACGCUCAUCCAGGAGCGGAUAGGGUUGGUUCGAAUGGCAACGUAGCACCAGUUGCGGCUUUCUUUGACCUGUGUUCAUCGUCAAGCAGCAGUAGCUCGAGCAGCUCUAGCAGCCACCCGGGCUCAAGUAGCGGUGACGACGGGAGCCAUUCUCCGAUUGAUCCGGCCGUAGCAGCCGGCCGACUACUGCCGCUUAAACUACGCCACAAAACCCACCUGGGUGAAAGGGACGUAGCGGCCGCCACCGCUUCGGCUGCCGCCGUUCUGCUGACACUCAACGAGAUUAAACACGAGCCGGAAGGAAUCGAGGACAGCCCUUCGGCGGUCGACUCGGCAGUGGACAGCGUUUCUGCUGAAAUGAAUAACAACAGUAUGAGCGACCAUCACAGCCAAGUUCAUCACCAUGGCCUGCAUCACCAUGCCAGCCACCACAGCCACCACCAUCAUCAGCAACAGCCACAACAGCAAUCGCAUCAGAAUGCCCAACAACAUCAACAACUGCAGCAUCCACAUCACCAGCAUCACCUAAACAGUAGCGGUCGGCGUUCGACCGAGUCGAGCGAUGACCGCGAUUCGGGAAUCUCAUCAGGUGGAGAUUGGUCGUUGUCGCGCAGUUCGUCGCGGUUUAGUAGCAGCAGCACUGGCAGCAAUGCCAGUGUCAGCGCAAUCGGUAGCAACAACGGCAACGUUGUUGGCCAUUUGUACCACGCACAUCAACAACAUCAACCAGCGUCGAAGCGUAUGAGGAUGAGCCCAAAUUCUCCAAUUGUGGACCACCAACAUCAAAAUGAGCACCACAUGCAACAUCAGCAGACGGUGCAGAGACGCUUCGCCGCUGCCCGAGCCAAUCAGCAACAACAGCAACAGCAACAAGUGUUGAACAAUCAAGAAGCGGAUGAGGAGGAGAACGACCCGGCUUCUGGUAUCGUCCAUGAACGAUUGGUAUUAGUCGGUGGCAAUGAAUCUUCGGACGAGAACAACGACGAACUUCGUUCGCACAUUGCUCGACUCGCCUCUGAAUUGGAGUCUCUCAAAACGAUGAUGCUCGGUGGUGGGGGCACUUCGGCAGCUGGCUCAGCGUCGGCCAUUCGGAACUGCAAAAGCAGCAGUACCAACUUUCGGCUUCAUUGAGCUAUCAAUCACAUUUUAUCAAUAAUGUACAAACAAAUAAAAAGAGAUAAACUUCGAAAAAGAGAUUGGGAAAAAAAAAGUCGACCUAGUCGUUAUUUUUCAGUAAAAUCCCCCUUCAAUUCAUAAAUAGAAUAAAAAAGUAAAACAAAAAAGCAGAUUGACAUAGAAGCGACUUCCUGUUCGAGGAUUUCUCUCUUCACGCAUCAUACAUUCAUAUCCAUGUGUUGAUUAAAUCCGGUUAUUCUCUAUGUUCAUGAAAGUAUGUAGUUUUAAAAAUGAUCCACCAGUAACACAAUCGCGGUUUCAUCCACGUAUCACCAAGUUGAGUUGCCCUCUUGUGCAGUAUAAUUUACAACUCUCACCGUGCUUUCGUGUUUGACUCAUCGAUAAAAAAAAAAUAAUUUUCAGAAAAACUGCUUGUACUCUAAUGAAUAUGUGUUUUCUGCCUGAUUCUGCCAAAUUGGGCUACUUUCAUCCACCCCCUCUCAUCCUCAUGAAAACUUAAAAAUUGAAAAAAAGAAAAGAAAAAAAUUACGAUAUAAGAACACCAGAGCAUAAACAAAUAAGAACGUACAAUGUAAAGGUUCGUUCUAUAAACUUUCCUGCAUGUCUAUACAUACAAAUUUUCGCAUGGCAUACGAUCUUAUAAACCCUCGAUUGAACCGUUAUGACCUACUCGUCUAGUUGUUCUAACUUUCAUUUUUAAAUCGAUGUAUUUGUUACAAAAAUAUAAUUUUCCCACUUAUACACACACGUUAUUAGCUAAAGGAAUAAACUGCACAUGUAUCGAGUAUUUCGACUUAGCAUUGCUUUCGAAGGCACAGCUGCGGAAGCCAUUGCGUUAUUUGUGAAUUGCUCAAAUUGUUCUCUUUUCGCGGCAGCACCGGGAAAAAAAAUAAAUAAAA